CGACACUCUCCCUCUCUCUCUCUCUGUUCUCUAUCCACGCCACCACCGCCGACCGGGGAGAGAGGAGGAGGUCCCGGCCCCCCGGGCCCCGGCCAUGUCGAUCUUACCGUUCACCCCGCCUAUCGUCAAGCGUUUGUUGGGUUGGAAGAAAGGCGCCGAGCCGCAGUCGCCCUCCUCCGCCUCCCCCUCGCCCUCCUCCUCCUCCUCCUCUUCGUCCUCCUCGUCCCCGUCCCAGCAGCCGCCGCCGCCGCCGCAGAAUAACGGUCAGGACGACAAAUGGUGCGAGAAAGCCGUCAAGAGCCUGGUGAAGAAGCUGAAGAAGACGGGGCAGCUGGACGAGCUGGAGAAGGCCAUCACCACCCAGAACUGCAACACCAAGUGUGUCACCAUCCCCAGCACAUGCUCUGAAAUUUGGGGACUGAGUUCACCUGGUACAGUAGAUCAGUGGGAUACAACAGGCCUUUACAGCUUUCCUGAGCAAACCAGAUCACUUGACGGCCGGCUCCAAGUUUCACAUCGCAAAGGCUUACCGCAUGUCAUUUACUGCCGCUUGUGGCGAUGGCCUGAUCUCCACAGUCACCAUGAGCUUCAAGCCAUUGAGACCUGCGAGUAUGCUUUCAAUCUUAAGAAGGAUGAAGUGUGCGUUAACCCAUAUCAUUACCAGAGGGUCGAGACGCCGGUCUUGCCUCCUGUAUUGGUGCCACGACACACAGAAAUUCCAGCAGAACUCCCCCCACUCGAUGACUAUACCCAUUCUAUCCCUGAGAACACUAACUUUCCAGCUGGAAUAGAGCCACAGAGCAACUACAUCCCAGAAACUCCACCACCUGGUUAUAUCAGUGAAGAUGGGGAGACGAGUGAUCAGCAGAUGAACCAAAGUAUGGACACGGGGUCUCCUGCAGAAAUGUCGCCUGGCACCUUGUCACCCGUCAACCACAGCUUGGAUCUACAGCCAGUAACUUACUCCGAGCCAGCAUUUUGGUGUUCAAUAGCAUAUUAUGAGUUGAACCAAAGAGUUGGUGAAACUUUCCAUGCGUCUCAGCCUUCGCUAACUGUGGAUGGGUUCACAGACCCCUCAAACUCUGAGAGAUUCUGUCUGGGCUUGCUGUCUAACGUGAACAGAAAUGCAACAGUUGAAAUGACAAGACGACACAUUGGGAGAGGAGUACGGUUGUAUUACAUUGGCGGAGAAGUGUUUGCUGAGUGCCUGAGUGAUAGUGCCAUCUUUGUCCAAAGCCCAAACUGCAAUCAAAGAUAUGGUUGGCAUCCUGCAACAGUGUGCAAAAUCCCACCUGGCUGUAACCUGAAAAUAUUCAACAAUCAGGAAUUUGCAGCACUCCUGGCGCAGUCUGUAAACCAAGGCUUUGAAGCUGUUUACCAGUUAACAAGGAUGUGCACAAUCCGGAUGAGUUUUGUGAAAGGUUGGGGUGCUGAAUACAGGAGACAGACUGUGACAAGCACUCCAUGUUGGAUUGAACUCCACCUGAAUGGUCCCCUGCAGUGGCUCGACAAGGUCCUGACCCAAAUGGGAUCACCCUCUGUCCGCUGCUCAAGCAUGUCCUAAUUGCCACAAGCCCAUUCAGUAUCAAGACUGGACAGAGAAACCCGAAGAGUCCAAUCAACAGACUUGAACAGCUUUCUGUUUAGUACUUUGUGUGUUAUCCCAGAGACUUUGCUAUCACAUCAAAAAAAUCAAAGGAAUAGCACUUGGGAGGUCCCAUCAACUUAAGCACCUUGUUGACUUCUAUUUUCCUCCACACCCAGAAUAUGACCUAAAUGUGUUAGUAUUAGUGAAUUAAACACAUAAUCAUAGCUAAUGACUGAGGGUGGAAGAGGAUGCUGUGCAAAGACAUUGUACUGUGUGUUUUCUGCACAUACUGUGUCGCUGAGUGCCUGAGGUCAUCAGUAACAUGUACGGCAAUUCAGUGGUAUGAAUUCAUGCACAUUUGAUGUACGCUUUUGAAAAGCUUCAUCGAGUUUUUUUAAAUCUUCAACUGCCUUUUCAUUCAGCUGUGUACAGAGUACAAAUCUCUCGCAUUUUCAUUUCUAUAUCCCCAAAAAGGUGGGAAUCAUUCUGUACCUCUUUACUGGUACCUCACCACCAGAAUUGUCAUUAGGAGAGAAGGCAACAUUGAUUGUGUCUGCCUUAGAGCAAUGCAUCAUAGUGACACAUCAGAACACCAACCACCUUUUGCAACAGUUGCUCAGCUAGUUAGCAGAGGUAAUGAAUAGCAAAUGCAGUGUUUAACUCUGCAAGACAGGCAGUUGGAGACGUGUUGUUUGUGGACUGUUUGGCAUUUGCUCCUGAAGAAAAGUUCUGCAAAGUAAUGAGUGUAACUCGGUGUUUCAGGCACUGGACUGAGAAAAUAAAUUAGUGGGAACAGUUCAGCCAUAAUGCUCAUUAGUGAAUUCCACGGAAGUACAGUGUUAUUGAGACUUGCUACUCAACAUAGUUCAGCAGAAACUGAAGAGUGACUGAUCUGUUGUAUACUCAGUGAUGGCUCGAUCAAUGUAUGGGUAGGCUUUGGAGAACUAACGUAACUAGUCCAGAUCUGACUUGUCCUAAAUUGCCUUUCAACUUAGUUUUGAAUCCAGGUUUGCCACCUACUGAGCCACUCCUCCAGAGCUGCCCACUGCUGGAGAGUUCAGCUUGUUAGGUAAAGCAAGUUUGACAAUGUUCUUCCUUACUCAAAACACAAGCAGUUGAGCUGUUCCAGCGUUCUGUUACAUUAUUCAAACUCAGCUUGCAUUACAUAUGGUACGCUUUCUUCCGAUUUCUAGGCAAAGGUUGUUGCUAAUCGUAUGAAUGCAAGGGUGCUUCUAUUGAUGGGAGUUUCCACCAAAUGGUUUGCCGGUUUGACUGGAAACCAUUCUGUUUGGGGAAACUCAAUCGUAAAUGCUAGAAAAGGUUUCUAAAAAAAAUGGCUAAUUUGACAGCUGUUGUGACAUUCAGUGAGGGAAGAAGACUCUGACCUGUACCUGUCUUGCUAUUAGUUUGCUUACCUAUAGCUGCCUCUUGAGGAUUGGCCCAUUGAGCGUGAAGGCCCUGCUCUCCUAACGCACAAGCACGAGGGGAUAGUGAACCCAUUGAAUGUGUUUGGAAUUCAUUCCAGAGCAAAUGGGACUUGUUUGGCUAAAAGCUGCAGUGCCCCUAUGAAUUGCGCUCGGUUUAUCAUUGAAGUACAGUGCUUUGAGUAGUGAACUUUACAUGGAUUAAAUCAUGGAUUUGCCGCUUGAAGAUUCACACUGAGGCUUUGGCACCAGUUCACUUAAGUGCAGUGAACUGUUAAAAGUAACCAAUAUUAUUUGCACUCUGCAAAAGAUAUUUAUUUUUAAUAAGCUAGGCUAAACCUUGAUUAUGGACUUCACAAAUACAGUUGAUGAGACAAGUUAGACAUUUGCUAUAUAUUAGUUUAAAAACAGACCAAAGCUCAGAUUUUUUUUAUUUUUGCUCUCUUUCUCCCAACCCCUCCUCCCCUUGCUGUUCACAUUCUCCACAUGAAUCAAGUGUCUUAAUUAAAAUUUAAACUUUGUGUUUUCAAAGACUGCUGUUGAUAUGGAACAAUAUCCUGACUUGAGCUUUCAGUUACAGAUGUGGCACAACAAAAUGGUUACUGUUUGCAUUCACCCACUGCUGUGAAGUUAGCUGGGCAAUUUCAGUCCAACGAUGGCUGUACAUGUUGUUGAUGCUCCUCGAACACUACAAGUUUGAAUGCACCACACACAGCAAACUUGGGAGAACACAUAUUUUAAUGUGUUCAGAUUGUUUGGGAGGGGGAACUGGAGAUGGAGGGGGUGAUUGUGUACCUUGUAAAAUACAAAAAAAAAGUAACUUACUAAAACUCUGUGAUCUAGCUGUCAUAUUUCCUUUUUGUGGCGAUAGCGAGAUUGAUUUUUAAUUUCUUUUACGUUCCUUUUCUCCACACUAGUGCUGUACUUUGUAAGUACAGUGAGUGUUAGCUUUACUUUCCAAGAACAAAAGGUGGCCAGUGUUAACUCGCUUCAGACUGGUCCAAGACCGUGCAAGAUUGUCCGCCGGUCACGGGAGAAGGUUGCGCGUGUCACAAAGAUGAGAUCAUGGAAGGAAUCUAUACCAAAUCAUGUGAAACAGGAAAAAAAAGGCCAGACUUUUUAAAAAAAAGUUUAGCAAGAGCAUUUUACCAUUUAUCAAGUGAGCUUGUUUUACCAGGAGGAUUCUGUAUUGGUAGAACUUGUGAAUUUAUGAAAGGAAACAAUCUUCAGGCUUGUUGCAUAUGCAGACUUAAGUGAAUACACUAAUAAAGGUUUUAAUUCUGAUGUU